CCUUGGUGGAGUGAGCCGUAGUAGACAUCGUUCCAACCAGUCCUUUCUUCCAUUUACAGGGUUUAAUAGAAGUUCUGUCCAUAUCUUAGCAGUGUUCGAGCAUCAUUAGAUGUAGUCGUGUCUUCAGCGGUUUAGGAGAUGGACCCUUAUCCCGGAGUCACUGACGGUGAUUCUACUAAACAACAGGAGAGACACUAUUACCUGUUAUCAGAACUGCAAACACUAGUAAAAGACUUACCCAGCUCCUUCCAACAGAGACUGUCUUACAACACCCUCAGUGACCUGGCCCAGGCCCUCAUAGACGGAACCGUCUAUGAAAUAGUACAGGGGCUCUUGGACAUUCAGCAUCUGACCGAGAAAAACCUGUACAAUCAGAGGCAAAAGCUCCACUGUGAACACCAAGCCCUUAAACAAGAUCUUGUAAGGAAGCACAAAGAUGCUCUGCAGACAUGCAAAUCUCACAACCUGGCACUUUUCAAGUCAAAUCAUCAAGCCGAGUUAGAGGCUCUGGAAAUUCGUGUGCGAGAGGAGCAAAGGAUGAUGGAUAAGAAGAUUGUGGCUGAAAUGGAUCAAAAAGUAAUAGACCAACAAAACACCUUGGAGAAAGCUGGGGUCCCUGGGUUUUACAUCACCACUAAUCCACAGGAGCUGACAAUGCAGAUGAACCUUCUUGAACUGAUUCUCAAGCUGCAACAGAAGGAAUCUCAAUCUGGAGUCCUUUGAAGCAGAUGCCUAUGGUGACAAAACAAACCAUACAAUAACCAGAUGGUGAUUGGUCUGAGUAAUUGAGAGAUAUUGACAUGUGUUGGUCAAUGUGCAGGAUCGCUCUCUUCAACACACAGGAAAAUCUGUUGUGAUGAGAGUGGCUGUUUUCAGUUACACAAGAAAUAUGUUUCUUGCUCUGAAGGAUAGCAGUAGCAAGGUGUGGCUUGGCAAAGUUAAGUGACUGAAUAACAUGUGGCACAUUGUAACAAGAGACAGCUACAUAUAGUUCAGUCACAUUCAGCAAGACACGAGGUGGUUUUCUUUAUAUGGGUCUCAAAAUGACUUUGAAGGAGUUACCUUGAGGUGUAUGCACUUUACAUGUAUGAGAGACCCCACUUUGGGCAGCUACAGUUUCUUUUUAGCAUUUUCUGCUGUGGGCAAAGCUAUUUUAGGAGGAUGUGCACCCUACUGUUCUGUUAAAUUUGCCAUUUAUAAAACAGAAGCAGACCAAAUCUCUUUCUGCAAAAUGUGUAAAUGUUUGUCAGGGAAAAGUGUGUGCUACUUAAUGUUUGCUUUCCUUCAAUAAUAAAGGACUCAUUUGCUACA